GGGGUGUUGUGAGGGAAGCUCGGCGGUGCGCGAAGUGAAACAGCACAGAGAGAGCGAGCACCAGGGACAAAGGAGAUCCGCACACAGCGAAGAAGGAAUGAAACAAACUGGAUACGUUUUGCAACUUUUUUUUUUUCAUUUAGAUGCACAUCCGUGCGCGCGGCCGCUCCGUAAACGCACCGCGGCCGUUCGGGCUGGAGUAGGAGAACUUUUGCUGGAGCGUGAGUUCAUGCACUCUGCUUUUGCACUCACACGUGGUGACUUCAUGACGUGUUUUCCGGGAUUCGGCGAGGUAUUUUUGUCCACUUUAUAGCCCGGGGGGUUUGAUGAUGUCCUGCAGGAGGAAGGGUUCGAGUUAACCCCCAAGUAUGAGAUGUUGGUGCGGCGUCCUGGCACUGCUCCUGUGGGUGCUGGUGGCCUUGGAUGCGCAGCUCAUCUGCUGGCAGGCCAUCCUGCGCUGCCACGCCGAACCCGAGUGCGAGCUCGCCUAUGGCCAAUACUUGGCCGCCUGUGAGGGCAACCUGCGGGGCACCAGGCGCCAGUGCCCCAGCCACUGCAUUAACGCACUGAUCCGCCUCAACCGCACCCGCAGCGGGCCGGACCUGGAGAGCUGCGAGUGCGCUCAGGACGUCCAGUGCCAGGGGGCCAAGCACGCCAUCGAGCCGUGUCUACCUCGUCGGUACCCGGAAGACGGCGGCGGGGGGAUCGGCUGCAUGGAGGCACGCCAACGUUGCGUGCAAGACAGCCACUGCCACGCUUCCCUGGAAGCGUAUCUGUCUUACUGCGGACAGCUGUUCAAUGGACGCAAGUGCUCGGCCAAGUGCAAGGCCACCAUCCAGCAGAUGUUGUACAUCCCCGACGGGGCCCUGCUCAACCGUUGCGUUUGCGACGGCGAAGGGAGACCCUUCUGCGAGGUGGUCAAGGAGAACAUGAGUAAACUCUGCUCCAUUGGGGACCACCACGGCGUCAUCUCAGACCAGCCGGAGGUGGACGACACGUACGAGGACGAGGACUAUGACGCCAGACAGGACAGGGAUGACGUCUACAGCGAAAACUCUGCGGCUCCUCGGAGGUUGCCCACGUUGGGGAUGCUCCUGGUUCUCCUUCUUGGAUGUAUUUGGUUGUGAAAUUGGAUUCAUCCCUUGACACUUCUUUUCCUGGACCAACUGAAAGGGGGGCUUGAAGGCGAGUCAGCUGGAUGAGGUGAUGCUGGUUUUCACCCUUGCUGUCAACACUUUGGAUCAUUUCAGACUGUCUUUAAAACCAAGGUUGACAAGAGGACAGCUGGAAUUCUUCAUGGUUGAGGAUAUUUGGUGGGUCCAAUCCUACUCUACACCAAGAAGUGCCACCACGUUGGGUUUCUUUUUCGCAGUUGACCCGGCUGGUUUCCACCCCUGGACACUUUGGAUUUCAUCAUUUGAAAUUGUUUUUAAAACUAAGACUUCCCCAAUGGAGGGUUCAAUAUGAUGCAGAAACCUCGAACUCUUCAAGAACCGUUUGAGGUCUCCCGAGUUGAGGGCUAUGACUUCUUUGAAGUUCACUGACAUCUUAGUUGAAAGGACCAGCAACCACAAAAACAUUCAAGAACCUUCAGUUUGGACUUCCUCAAGCGUGAGGAUGUCUUCUACAUGGGAAAACUGUAGAUCGACUCACCAGACU